CCCUGGCAUGCCCGGGGGCCUUUUUCGUGUCGCUUAGCUCGAGCCGUACAGUUGUGCCGUGUUCGUUCCGGUCCGUGUGUGCACACGCAGCUUUCUAUAGCCCGUCCUGUCCGUCCGUUUUGGUGCGGAAUCAAGUGCUGCUCUUGAAUCGCGCGCGUGUGUGUGCUGUGUGUGUGUGUGAAGUAAGAUCAAUCCACGCGCCCCAACCAUGGAUCCGGAGGCGUUCCUAGACAUCGCCAACCAGGUGAUCAAGCUGAAGAUGUUCCCGUACUUUGACAUCGCGCACAGCCUGCUGUGCGCACUGUCGGUGAAGGAGGAUCUGGGCGCGGGCGCACACACCUUCUCCCGGAAGCACCCGCUCGCCUGCUGGCUGUCGACGAUGCUGGUCGUCUUUGCCGGCGGCAUGGUCGCGAACGGGCUGCUCGGCGAGCCGAUCCUGGCGCCGCUCAAGAACACGCCCCAGCUGCUGGUCGCGACCGCCUGCUGGUACAUCGUCUUCUACACACCGUUCGACAUCGGCUACAAGGUGGCCAAGUUCCUGCCGAUCAAGCUGGUGGCCAGCGCGAUGAAGGAAAUCUACCGCGCAAAGAAGAUCCACGACGGAGUGACGCACGCCGCCAAGCUGUACCCGAACGCCUUCAUCAUCAUGAUCAUCAUCGGUACGCUCAAGGGCAACGGUGCCGGUUUUACCAAGCUGAUCGAGCGCCUGAUCCGCGGUGUCUGGACCCCGACGGCGAUGGAGUUCCUGCAGCCAAGCUUCUACACCAAGGCGUCCCUGAUCGCGUCGAUCAUCUUCGUGCUGGACAAGAAGACGGAUCUGAUCUCGGCCCCGCACGCCCUCGUCUACUUCGGCAUCGUCAUCUUCCUGGUGUACUUCAAGCUGUCGUCGAUCCUGCUCGGCAUCCACGAUCCGUUCGUGCCGUUCGAGAACCUGAGCUGCGCGUUGCUGUUCGGCGGCAUCUGGGACAGCCUGGCCAAGAUUCUGGGCCGCGGCCAGGCCAAGGAGGAGCCGAAGGAUGCGAAAAAGUCCAACUAAAGCCGGACACACUGCGCACGGAGUUUAGGAUUUUAUUUUUCUAAUACUUAGAAUUGCGUGUGUGUGUGUGUGUGUGGGUGCGCGUAUAUAUAUAUUUUUUUUACUUUUCUUUUGCGCUCCCCUUUUGAUCGGUUACACACACAAGCGCGCGCGUAUGUGUGUGGUAUUGUGUACGCGCCCCGAGCAGCUAUGCCAUUCUAAAUUUAAGCGCCGACAAAAAAAAAAAAAAAAAAACAAACGAACCGGUCAAGGCUUUUUGGUUUGGAGGCAAACAUUUUUAGUUUCAUCCGUACUUUCACUUCCUUCAGGUUUGAUUUGACACACGCUUGCCAUACGGUGUGGUGUGGUUCCAUCCAAAAUCAAGACACACACACACACACUCACACCAUCGUAGAACGAAACCAAAGCCAAAAGGGUGUAAACACGUGUCCUGGGCGCAGGCACGUGUAGGGUCAUUAUUAUUUAGAAUGUUUUUUUUUAUUAUUAUUUUACGCGGUUUGAUGUGGCCUAUUUUUUAUUUAUUUUUUCUAGUCCAGCUAAAAGAGAGAAGGCUUAAGUAGUGUAGCAUUAUUAUGUUUAUGUUACAGGUAGCUAGUUUUAUAUUAUUUGUGACCUUUUUUGUGUGUGUUAACUAUCUGGAUAGAGCAUAGAAGAAGCGCAAACAGCGAGCGAACAAAAA